GUCUCGUUUGGUUCAGGAAUUCUUUUUGGAAGCUUGGUCCAAAGAGACCCAAAGUCAACAGUACGAGGUGGAACAACUGGGCUGCUUGUUACCCUUGUCUUGGUAAUCAUUAUUCACCCCCUUGUAUCUGUGGACUUGAGUGUCCCAUCUGCCAAGUUCUUUCUUUUCAUUUUUGGAUUGACUAUUGGGAUCAUAUACAGUGGAACCUAUGUGGCAGCAGUUGAGCUUUGGUACUUGAGGCUCAAGGACUGCGACGUUUCCUUUGUAUCAAGGGCAUCUGCUUUGAAUGAUCUGGGUUUUCAAGCAGUCAUUGCUGGUGUCUUUCAGCUCCAAACAAUUCUCAUUGAAGAGACUGUAACCAAAGGAGACACAUCCAGGCUGGUGGAAGGACUUGUCUUCUUUGGUCCAUUGGUUGCAUUGUUGCUCAUGGCGUACCUAGUGGCAAUUUCUCUUCCUUUCCCCAAGGAUCCCAUCUUUGGAUGGCCCAUCAAAGAUCCUUUUGGGGGUCGACGUAACAGAAUCCUUAUGGCAGCAGUGGACAAGUUGGGGAUUUGCCCCAUUGCCAGCAGUUCAUUUGCCUGUUUUUCUGACUAUCGUACCUCCAUGUUUGCGGAGGGGCACCUCUCCAGCCCCACUACCCAGGUCCAAAGGGGUCCACCUGUGGAUCCUUCUGCCACGUUGUCUCCAGAAUGUCUUCAACAGCAAUUGCAAAAGUAUGAUGCAGAAUACAGCACUACAAGUCAGGACACUUGGCACAGAAGCCAAGCAAAUGUUUCCAAUUUCACCACUGGAAACAAAGCCAAUCUGGAGGAACGGUUGCGGCAGAUUGGGAGUGCCCAUUCUGAAAUAUGGAUCACAACAUGGACAUUUGAGGAUUCCACAAGUGGCAAUCUCUUGUCAGAUGCUCUUAUCACAAAGGUCCAAGCUGGUGUGGAUGUGAGGGUUAUUGUAGAUGGCUGCAACCUUGUAUAUCUCUAUCACAAGGAGAAACUGACUUCUGAAACCCAAGAGACACAAGUGCUGCACAAGUUGGUGAAUGGUGGUGUUGAAGUGAGAAUGCUUGAUACCUGGUUUGAGGAUAAACAACCAUCUUACGUCUGUGGAACGCACCGCAAGAUGAUGCUGGUCGAUGGCACAUUUCUCCUUACUGGGGGGCGCAACAUUAGUGAUGAAUACCUGAUGACUGAUACCUUCCACUUCAAAGACCUCGAUGUGACCCUCCAAUCCAGCAGCUUUGUUGAUAGUACAAGGCAUUUGUAUGAGACUCUUUGGGGCAAGUCCAGAGGCAUCCAUCACUUGACCCGUGGCAUUGAUGCCUCCAGCAAAGAUACAAAGUUGAUGGGCGAUGAAGCUGGUUUUGAAACACCAACAAUGAUGAUGGCAACUGAUUCAUCCACGAUGUAUUCGGGGGUCAUGGGUGUUGAUAGCCAAGUCGUCAACCCAAUGAAUGAGAGGCAACAGGACUCACCUCUUGAUCCGGCAUCUUCGAUCAACAUAGACUGUGAGGUUUCUUUGUUCCAGCUGGACCACAAAGCAGGGAAUCCUGAGGGUCAGGACAUCAUAUUCUCCACAUUACUCUUUUUGAUUGAGACAGCUGAGGAGAGUAUUGAGUUACUCUUUGGCUACUUUCAGCUCCUCCCUGGUCUAGAAGAGGCCAUUGCAGGUGCCAUUGCCCGAGGAGUCAAGGUCCGUCUCAUUACCAACUCUGAAGACACAAAUGAUCUGUCUUUUGAAAACCAGAUCUUUGGCCACGCAUUGAGGCGUGUGCUGAUACUUGGUGUAGAAGUUUACUUGCCGGCAAAGAAGAAGGAUGGCUCAGUCAAUUAUUGCCUCCAUUACAAGAUGGCCAUCAUGGAUGCCAAGGCAGUGUUGCUGGGCUCCUGGAACUGCCUAGGAUUUUCCACCUUCCAUGAUGAUGAGUUUUCUUUUGUGAUGUUUGACCAAGAGAUGAAAAAUAGGGAUGGGGGAGAGGAUAGAGCUUUGGGAAGUGCCCUGUUGGAGCACUUUCUGCAAUCCAUUACAGAAGGAGAUCUGGUUCGUGUUGAAUCAAUACCAGAGGACAGUUGUGUGGUUCCUUUCCACUUUAGAGCAUUCGCAACAAAGAAUGCUGCUCGUCAAAUGCAAAGGGGUUUCUAAGAACUUUGACUUAUAGCUGGCGUUUUGCUACUGAUUGCUACCGUAUUGCGAUCCACCAAGGGUAUCGAAAUCCUGAAGCAAAGCGUAUAUUUUGCGACGUGUUGAGCAGCAACACGCCUGGGGAACCCCCCUGUCCGAGUUUCCACGCCCCGCAGCGUGGAAAGCUGAACCCUGAUGGGUUCUCGCAACUAUGACCCUAAUCAUGGUUGCCGAGAGGACCAUCUCACAAAUUGCAAAAUUAAUUCCCGCGCUCCUCACCUACACCAACUCAAGUACAUCUCUACAUCUUGCAGGUCAUCACCUGCGUUCCGGAAAUGGAUACCCCACAUGAUGAUGCACCGCAACAGCUCCUCAAUGCCUCUCGAACAAGAUUACCCUUAAGGCAACGACGCCCGUCCAAGACCACAUUUGGCAAGAUCGACAGCGGCAACCAUGAAUCACUAAAGCCAGCGACCUAGCCAAGAUCAGCCAUUGAACUGCCGAUCGCAAGAAGGUUGUCUCUCUCUCAUCUCACAAUUCUUCAUUCAGCCGACGCUGAAGGCAAGAACCUAGAUUAGAUUAAGCUCUUGCGCCGGCAUCAGGUUUCGUAUCUUUUCGACCCUCACCAUGGCCAGCUCUAAUUUUUCGGAUCUCGUCUCUCGUGCAGCGGCAUGGGAGGUACAUGCUCCAAACUACACUGAUAUCCUCACUUCUGUGGGCGGCGCCUCGAAUACAAAUCGUGAUGUUGCCUCUCGCGCUAUGAGCCAAUUUUGCCUUCGUUCACCUGUCACCUUUGGCUUCGUCCUCCAAAAUGACGAAACGAAUAUCUACAUUGGACACUCACUCUACGCCUACCCCGUGAAUCCUAGCCAG